AGUGAUCACAGAUCAGGAUGCGGUUCUACGGUUAUACUCUAUUGGCUCUCAGCUGUCUCGUGGCUUUUUCGGCCUCCACACCAGCCCUAUUGGCGCCGAUUCGGAAUUUCGCCUCGAAUGGAACCCAAGCUGCGCCCAGUAACUUUGCCUUGGAGCUGAGAGGAGUCAUCCGCCAGGUGCCAGUGGGUCAGCUCGAGAAGCUGGUCCAGACUUAUUUGCUGAACGAUGUUCAGUUCCAGGGCUUGAUUAGAGUUGUUAACUCCAUGCCAGCCUAUCGAUUCAUCCGGCAAUUCGGCAACCAGCCGGAGGUGCGUCAGCUGCAGCAGUGGGUCACCCAGCAGUUGGUUCUGUCUGGCGGUUCCCCCAAGAUCUUCGAGUACCUGGAGCUGGAGAUUAAAAUCUUCAACAAGUAUCCCUACUGGUCGCAGAUAGUCAAUGGCAUCCAGGGAUUCCAGCAGGAGUUUGUGGCUAUCUAUCCCGUGCAACUGAUACGUUCUCUUCUGGAACCAAGUUCCACCCAGACGAGUCCUCUUUUGUCUGAACUUUGGCGUCGUCUGGUGGCCUUGCGUCCGGUUUAUGAGAGGGUCAUAGCCUCGCCGCCGGGAAAGACCAUCACUGGGGAACUACAGAGAUUGGGCCUGGAUGUGAACGGUUUGGAUGCGCUCAUACGCUAUCAAUUCGGCUGGAGCAAUGCCACUUGGGGUGCGCCCUCGUAUGACUAUUCGGAUUACCUGUAUUACUAGAAAGGAUAUAGGUGAAGUCGGGGAAAAGGAUUACUAGAAGGACUACGAAACUCGAAAAGAACGAACAUAAAUAUAUACAAUACAAUAUCAAUACAUAUCAGUAAAAGCAAUACAGAACA